UCCGUCGCCAUUUAUAUCGUACAGCUUGAAGAUCCAUCGUAACUUCUCGUAGAUACUGCCUCGUAGUAGAGUCGAUAAAAUGACCAGGAGAUCCUGAGAAGAAAAACCGUAUCUCGGAAAAUAGGUCGUUUAAUUGAAUAUGAAAAAAAGGAACUGGCACAGUAUGUUAACUCGUUGAAGAUAAAAGCUUUUAUCGUCGAUUAUAUGUUUUGCCUGAAGCAAGUUAUCAUAUGGUGGAGAUGUGGAGGAAAUGAAACAGGGGAGAUGCUCGUGUUUACAUAUUUAUGAAUCUAAUGUAUAGAGGAAGUAACAAAAAUGAAAAUUCCGCACACUAUACCCAAGAACGUGUUGGAAGCUUACAGAUGUUCGGAAGAAACGACGCGGUUAACGUGCGAGGUCGAUCGAACAAUUCGACCGGAAGAUGUUUCCUGGGACGAGGAGAGAGUCCCAAGCUUAAAGACCCUCGCCCUUCGUGUCAUAGCCUCCGUAUGGAAGAAAAAUCCGAUACUGGAGGAAUUACCAACCUGUGAGGAUAGAAAUAUGCUGAUGGAAAUUCUGCCUACCGAUUUACCGUUCGAGUUGACUAUAAGGAAGAUCGACAAUGAACACUAUUGGGAACGUUGCUCGAGAGCUAGAUGGGGGCACAACGAUUGCGCUGAACAUGGCAAUUCCUGGCGGCGACGUUACUGCGAAGGUGCUUUUCGUGAAUAUUUGGAGAAUCUCGAGCCAAGUUUCUUCGAAUCUCAAAAGGAAGAUUGUGAAAAGAUGAUCGAUCUUGUGCGUGAUUAUGUGCACACAAUAGAGCUACGUUCUUUACUACCAACAAAGAAGGAUAAGAUAUCUCUAAACGAAGAAGAUCCGUGUCUAGCAAAGGAAGUAUUCGUCCAUCACAUCCCGUUGGAGCUUAUUCUGCCACAAUUCCCUCAUCUUACUGAGCUUCGCAUUAAUUUCGGGCUGGUUUACAUGAACGAUGGUUUCGAGUGGCGAGACUUCGAGAUAUCCAUUGAAGACUGCUUUGGUCUUGGUCGUGGGAUUAAAGCUUGCCCGAAAUUGAAGAAAUUUACUUUGACUAGAAGCAAUUUGGAUCAACCACGUGCAGCAGCUCUUCUUCAGGGUGUGCUGGAGAAUGAUAGUAUAGAAGAAUUAGACUUUUCUCAUUGUAAACUGGCAGACAAAGGAGCAAAGGCAGUUGGUGAAUACCUCUCGCACAGGAACUUGAAAAUACUGCAUUUAGCGAACAAUGAUAUAGGACCGGAAGGAGUGGCUGGUAUAAUCUAUGGGCUGCUAAAGGCGGAGCACACAACACUACAGCAUUUGAAUUUGAGGCUAAAUCCUUUGCUAGACAACGGGAUGUUUCAUGUGUGUGCUUAUCUGUUAAGAAGCGAAAGUUUGGAAGUUCUCGACGUGAGUGCUUGCGGAAUAGAGGCUGCUGGAGGUGCAGCACUUGCCGAAGUAUUGACUUCCGGUUCCAUAAAGCUCAAAAGUUUGAAUCUUAAUUUGUCGAACAAUGAUUUUAACGAAACAAUUGGGGAUUCAUUUGAAGCAGCGUUGAGAAACGCUCCAUUUGUAGUGGGAUUCGAAGCUCGAAUGUGCAAUUUCUCCAGACAAUCAGAAUACUCUAUCCACGAGAGUAUACUCAGAAAUAAACAGAGGAAAAGAAAAGAAGAAACGAAGCGGAUGCUUGAAAAAUCACAGAAAAUCUCCAUUGAUUCCUUCGUUUCAGAAUAAAUUACCAGCAAAACAUACUGAACAUAAAUCAUAUGAUGGAAUCAAUAAAAUAAAGAUACGAAUGACAAAAUUUUUAUUGAAUUCAAUUAUACAGAUUUCAUAAUUUAAAAAUUAACAAAAAGAACGAAUACAAAACAAAUAUAUAAAAGGAGUAAGACAUUCUUCCAAUGUGAAUUUAAAAAGAAUAUUUCAGAAAAGAACAAGGAAGCGUAAACCUACAUAAAAGAGAGAAAAUAUAAAAAGAACAGAAUAAAAGGUUCGUGACCUUACAUGAAAAUAUAAAAUCAAAAAAAGAAAGAAUUCAAGCUUCUAUUUUGCAUUUCUAUCCUCAAGAUUCUAUACUCUGUGGCGUUAUUAUUCACAGAAAUAUUAAACUCGGAACUAAUUACUUAAAAGCAAUUAAGGGAAGCACAAGAAUCUUAAUGUUGGCAAAGUAAUUACCAUUUUUACAUAAUAUUCGACGAUAAUGUUUGCAUUGCAUCCGGAUUUUCGGUUGUAGCUGGAGGAAGCGCGGCAAGAAUAACCAUCGUGAUGGAGAAGGGCUAACGAAAGAGUUGGCAACAAAAGAACAGCGGAACGAGCGUGUAGCUACUUGGAGGAAGUUAUGCGAGAGCCGUGAACACGGUAAAUUGCGGCGAA